GAUGUUUGAUGUAGUAAAUGAAAGUAUGAACUAAUGGAGUUUGAUGAAUUAAAGAAAUCAACAAUGUAUUUCUUUAUUAUUUUUAUGUUUAUACAAUUAUUCGAACCAAAGUCGUGUACGAAUUUAGAUAAAUAUGUUACGAUUACAUGUGCAAAUGAAACUUCAUGUGAAGAUUUUGAUUACGAAUUCAGUAAUUUCACUGAUAUUUCAAAUAUUGAAACUACAAAUGAUCCAUUGAACGAUGGUGAAUGGGAGUUAAUUACGACCAGUACGCCAGGAAAAAAUAUUACUGUUACUAAACCACCACCAGUUACAACAACACCAAUGCCAAAUACAAUGAUUCAACUUGUUAAUAAAUCAAUUACUGCCAAUAUUAUUAGACAAAAGAAGGUCAUCAAGAAGAGCCAAUCCGAAAUAUGUCCAUGUGAUUUACAGUUCUCUCGGUGUGAUAUUAACUGUUGUUGUGACAACGAUUGUACAGAAUUUCAUCUUUCAGUAUUUUCUGAAUGUUCUAACGUUCGAGAUGGAUUAUAUGACAAGCGUUAUUGUUACAAUACAAACUUUAUUCAAAAAAAUAAUACAAAAUUUAUUCUGGAACGAGUGGCCAAUAAUCUUUUUUGUAUUUCGUACGAUAACCUUCCACCUGUUUAUACUAAAAGCAGUACAAUUAAAAUAACAAAUAGAAAAAAAUUUGACGAAAUAUUAACCAAAGAGUUAGAAACGAAAUAUACUUGGGAUCAAAUGGAUUUAAUUAUUCCUGAAACUCUAAACACUAAUCAUCCAUAUCAAAACGGAGAUGUCAUAUGGAAAGUCAAUUCAGGAAUUAUUAAACCUUUCGAACUUCCAAUCAGUGGAUUCACAAAUCAUUGUUCUUUGAAAAACACUGUACAAUAUUUGAAGGACAUAAAAAACACAUGCUUGCAAACUAAAUUAGAAAACGAUAAUCCAGAGUUAUUUAUUGAUGCCUACAAUAAUUUCACAGUUGUGUCAUCUCCAUUAUUUUUAAAUUUGACAAAAAAAGCACUUUGGACAAAUGAGAGCUGUCCAAAAAAUGUUUGUAUUCCAAUCGAAAGUCAAUAUUGCUUACAAUCCUGGGAUAUGUGUAAUAUUUUAACUCCAUUAAAUUCAACUUGUAUAAAUGGUACCUGUAAAAAUAUCGUAAAACGAGUACUAUACAUUAUCACUCAUAAUGGAACAAUGGGUAUCCAAAAAAUUCGUAUUAACUUUCAAUUAGAAAAUGUUUCAACCAAUUUUCAUCAACAUUUUCAAGUUAAACACGAGUGGGCAGGUUUUAAUGAUAAUAAUAUUAUUCAUCGAAGUGGUAAUCCUGGUUAUCUUAUUAACAAACCAAUUAUUAUUGGUUCAUUAACAAAAUUUGUUAGUAAUAAGGUUGUAAAUGAAUUUAUUAGCAUCAACAAAUCGAAUUAUUUUCUAACAGUGCCUUUAGCAUCACCAAAUUAUCAAUGUAAUGAAAAUGAUCGAUAUACUGUAGGUUUUGGCGAACAUUUGAAGACAAAAUGUUUAGUUUCAUUACAAGCUUCGAAUUUUUCAACAAAUUCAUGCUCUGAACUUCAUAAAAAAGUCCUUAAAAUAUUUUUUGAUGAAUCUAUGAUAAAUAUUACAGCUAAAGAACAAUAUAAGUGGUACGUAUCAAAAGCUAGUAAUAUUUCGAAUAAUAAUAAAUCAAGUUGGAAUCAAAUUCUUUUGAAAAAAAUUCCUAAAAAUGUCCUCGGACAAAAAAUAAAGAAUGAAAUUCGCUGUUCUGGUUUAAUAACUACAUUAUAUAUAGAUAUUAUUUAUUAUCUAUUACCAAAACCAGAUGAUAUCGAACAUUAUAAAAUUAUUGGUGUAGGAAUGACACUCUCAGAUGAAAAAAACAUUACAUGGUCUGAGUGCUCUACUCCUAAUUGUACAAAAACCUUAGAACUUGAGCUAGUCACUUAUGUUAAAUUCCAUGAUGUGUCUUCACCAAAUACUUAUUAUGCUGGUGGACCUAAUCUAGAUGUUAGUCUGCCUUAUGAUUUUUUUUAUCCAUUCAUGAGUGGUUUUAGUAUACGCAUAGAACUGAAUUUGUAUCUUUUUGCUACAAUUUUUAUCACAUUGCUAUUUUUAUAAAUAUCGAUUAAAAGAUAGAAUUA